AAUGUUCCAAGUUUUAGUAUUUUAUUGACAAAAAUUGUCGUUAUGGGCUUUAAACAAUCCAACAGGUUUCAAUAACGCAAUGUUGAGUAUUCCAUUAAAAGAAAACAAAAAAAAUAUUCAUAAUAAAAUCGUAGAUAGGCUGUGAAUCAAACUGUAUGUAAACCGAUUAUGAUUAUUAACAUAUUUUGGCUACAGUUCACACAGAAUUUCUGACAUGUCAGACGUGUGUAAAACGUGUUUGGUCUUUAUUUUAUUUUUUAACGGAGUGAAGUUCCUGGAUAAUAAACUAUCGUUUACUUCAAAUCUCGCGUGAAUUGAAUCAGUACUGAAGUCUCGCGGUUCUGUGGGAAUGCGUCGGGCAUCUUGGUAACCAAAAUAAGACUAAAAAAUUUGCCAAGCGUCAAAUAACUGGAUAUAACUGGUUCUGUUAUAUUCUAAAAGCCGCAGCAUGUCUGACAGCGAGGACAGCGACUUCUCCGACAACCAGAGCGAGCGCAGCAGCGACGGAGAGGCCGAAGAGGCGGAGGAGAAUGAGGAGGAGACGAACAGCCCUGUGGGCAGCGACAAAGUAGCCGAGGAGGAGGGGGAGGACCUGGAUGAUGAGGACGAUUAUGACGAAGAGGAGGAAGAGGACGAGGAUGAUGACCGCCCCAGGAAGAAGCCAAAGCACGGAGGGUUCAUCCUGGAUGAAGCUGAUGUGGACGAUGAGGAUGAUGAAGAGGAUCACUGGGCGGAUGAAAGUGAAGACAUUCUGGAGAAAGCUAACGAAGAGGCUGAAGUGUCUAACCUGGGCCGCGUGGUUCUGGAAGACGAUCAUUCUGGAUCCAGACGGCUGCAGAACCUCUGGAGGGACUCCAGAGAGGAGGCUCUGGGAGAAUACUACAUGAAGAAGUACGCCAAGUCUUCAGCGGGAGAGCAUUACUAUGGCGGCACUGAGGAGCUUUCUGAUGACAUCACUCAGCAGCAGCUGCUUCCUGGUGUCAAAGACCCCAACCUGUGGACGGUCAAGUGUAAGAUCGGCGAGGAGAGGGCGACCGCCAUCGCUCUGAUGAGGAAGUUCAUCGCCUACCAGUUCACUGACACACCGCUGCAGAUCAAGUCGGUGGUGGCGCCCGACCACGUCAAAGGCUACAUCUACGUGGAGUCCUACAAGCAGACGCACGUCAAAGCGGCCAUCGAGGGCAUCGGCAACCUGAGGAUGGGCUUCUGGAACCAGCAGAUGGUUCCCAUCAAAGAGAUGACGGACGUGCUGAAGGUGGUCAAGGAGGUCACCAACCUGAAGCCCAAGUCCUGGGUCCGUCUGAAGAGGGGCCUGUACAAGGACGACAUCGCUCAG